UAUAAAAGCGAUCCCGAGCGUCCUUCCAGCAUCAGAGUUCAUCUGUUUGCCUAGAGGAAAUCAUCUCCGCACCCGAAAAACAAAUUCAAUAAGCAAUCAUGAAGUGCAUCGCAGCUGUAGUCAUGGUCGCUUUCGCCGUUGUCGCCCAGGCAAGUUACGCACCGCUGGUAUAUAGUGCGGCACCGUGGGCCUACAGCCUGCCCCACACCACCGUAGUUCAGAGCAACUCCGCCCCGAAGCUGGUCGCUGCCCCAUGGUCGUACGCCCCAGCUGCCGCUUACGGUGCUCCAGCUACCUACGGUGCCCCACUGGCCUACGCUGCUCCAGCUGCCUACGGUUCCCCACUGGCCUACGGUGCGCAGUACUACACCUACGCUCACGCUCCACUGGCCUACUCGGCGCCGGCCGUUCUGCUCCAGAAGGAGGCUCGCUAUCUGGCUGCCAACCGUGGAGCGGUCCAUGAAGCACCCCUUCCAGGACACGAGAUCUCCCAGCAGCAGCUCAAUCUGGAACCAGCUGCGGGAACCAAUUGAAUCCAUUUCGGUGCGGUAUGACAACGGUGUUAA